AUGCUCGCUCUCGUCACCCUCGCCCUAGCCGCCGUCGGCGCCAACGCCGUCAACACGACUACCACCCUCCGCCCCGUCCGGCGGCCCGCGUCCAACGCGAAGCUCCUGGCCAGCGCCGUGGUGCCGUCCAACAGCAUCACGCUUAACUAUGGCAUCGCGGACGACAGCAGCCUCGUCAGCGUCUCGCUGGCCAUGAAGUACCCCUCGGUCCUGCUCGAGGAGGUCGCGGCCGUCGCCUCCGUCUCCUGCGCAGACACGAGCAUCACUGUCACCUUCAACGACAAGGCCGCCUUCCAGCAGACCUCGCAGCAGUGGGAGGGCCUCGACGACUUCGUCAUGGUCACCAACCACCAGGGAAACUGCAACGCCGAGCAGGAACGUGGCUUCUUCCUCGUCGACACCGUCACCUUGGACGAGGCCUCGCUCCAGGUCGUCGCCAACGCCCACAAGAGCGACGUCGCCAACACGGCUACCUCGACCGAGAUCUCCUUCUCUAGCGUGCCCUUCAACAACCCCUCCGCCAAGCGCGACAUCACGACGGACGAGAACGGUCUGCACAUCACAAACCAGCUCUCGCUGCCCGCGGCCUCGACCCUCUUCUCCUACGACCCCUACGUCACCAUCACCGCCGACAAGGCCUCCCUCACCUCCAACAUGACCUUCUCCGGCAAGCUCAAGUACACCAUCGUGCCCCCCAAGGUCGAGCAGCUCGCGCUCGACAUCGACACCUACUUCGGCGCCGACCUCGGUCUGUCCGUCGACGUCACGGCUCCCUACUCUGGCAACUUCACCUACGACCCCGAGGACCUCGGCUACAACUUCGUCGACAUCCCCGGCAUCAUCAAGCUCGGCCCCGCGCUCGGCUUCGCCAUCGGCGUCGAGCUCGACGCCAAUGCUGCGGCCGGCAUCACCACCGACUUCGGCCUUACCUUCCCCGACGCCAAGAUCCACCUCGACCUUGUCAACAGCUCCGCCACCGCCGCCACCGGCUGGGAGCCCGUCUGGACCGCCAACGCCAACAUCACCCAGAAGGCCGCCGUCACCGUGAACCCCUACGUCGAGCUCGGCGUUGAGCUCGUCUUCGAGAUCCUCGGCGGCGCCGUCAGCCUCUCCUCCGGCGUCGACACCCACUCCAAGCUCGUCAACGACUUCGUCCUGACCGCCAGCCAGGAGGCCGGCACCGGCGGCACCGGCAUCGGCCAGGACAACACCGACUGCCAGCAGGGCUUCGCCAUCAAGAGCGACUUCUUCUUCAGCGUCUUCGGCUACGCCACGCAGUGGUGGUCGCAGGAGCUCUGGGACGUCGAGGUCCCCGUCGCCGACGUGUGCUACACUUGGCUGUGA